UCAUCUUAAAUCAUCAUCUCUAAACCCGUCAGUCUUUUCCAGGUGUGUUGGACCCGGUGCUUGUUUGUGUUUGUGUCCAGAUGCAGACAUUCCUCCCAGCAUGCACCGGGGCGUCGGUGCAGGACAGAACGGGCCUGAAUCAGCUCAAACAGAUGCAAGUAUGCGUGUGGGCGGCGUGCGGCGCUUAAUGCAGUACGCGGCCGUAACAUGAAGUCACAAACAUUGCGUCUGUAGUUGACUCCCACUGAGGCGAGCACAGACGGGCCUUUAUGUCCGAGUACCAGCUGGUGCCUCGUCCUCCUCGUCCUCCUCGGCCUCCAUUCGUCUCUGCUGGCGUUGGGGACAUGGACGUGAAACCGGAGCGCCGGCCCGCGGAUGCCCUGCUGCUCGGCGCCGUCUGCCUCGGCCUCGCCACCAUCUGUCGGACCCAAAGACUUUGUGUGGUUCCUCCGGGUCCCGUGUCCAUCGCUGAGAACAACACAGCCGAUGUCACCGUGGUGGAGAUCAGCACCAACAUUGACCUGGACCCGCCCCCAACCCUGACCCUGACCGUGAACCCUGAAGACCUGUUUUACCUGAACGGGAAUGUCCUGAUGGUCAAGAGAGGCCUGGACUACGAGUCUUUGUCCAGUUCCGUCCUGACGGUUUGGCUGCAGUGCAGAGCUGAUUCCAGAUCAGUCAACGAGUCCGUGGAGGUUCUGGUGGAAAACAUCAAUGACAACCCUCCCAACUUUGCCCAGAACCACUACAUCCUGGACGUGAACGAGUUGACUCCGGUGAACGCCAGCGUCGGACUCAUCCAGGCUACGGACGUGGACUCGGAUCCGCUGUUCUACCGCCUGGAACCGGCAACGGAUAAAUAUUUCCGCCUGGAAAACAUCAACAGUCCAAAGAUCGUGGUCAAAAGCAUCAUCGACUAUGACUCGGUGCAAAAGAUCUCUCUGGUUCUACAUGUGCAGGACACAUUCAACGGCUCGGCCUCCAACAAACCGUUCUUCACAUCAGUGGCAACCAUCACAGUGAACGUAAAGGACGUGGACAACCGGCCGCCGUGGUUCCAGCCCUGCAUCAGGACCAACCUUGGCAUCAGCAAACUGUGUGUGAGCGGCGGCUACCGAGGGAAGGUCAACCUCACCGAGAGGGAGGACGGUCCUCUGGUCCUGGAACCUGGACCGGUUUUUGCCAAAGAUGGAGACAAGAACCGGAGCGAACAGAUCAGCUACAAAAUCCUCAGAGGAAAUGAGGGGAACAUCUUCCAAAUUGAUGAAGAAUCAGGGAACAUCAGCAUGGCUAAAGCUGCAGACAUCCUGGGUCCAAUAACACUCACCGUCAUCGCAUCGCAGGUGACCAACAGAGACCAAUUCGCUGUGACUCAGGUGACCAUUGAGGUGAUGAAAAAGAGCAGGAACCCUCCUCGCUUUGAGAAGGAACGAUAUGAAGGAUUCAUUUACAGUAACUCGGCUCCAGAGAGUAUGAUCCUCCGCGACAGGAGCACAAACCGACCAUUCAGGGUCCGCGCCCGCGACGAGGACUUCGCCACCGGCGUGAAUCCAGACGUUAAGUACGAGGUUCAGUACAGCAGCUAUGUCAACGUGACGUCUGACGGCUUUGUGGUCCUGAAGAGAGUCGUGAAGACAGAAUCGUUCGCUUUGCAGCUCAGAGCCGUGGAUUCAACAACGGGGGAGUUUGGAACAGCAGCUCUGUCUGUUCAGGUCAUUCCAGCCGUGGCCAUCCCGUCCCCGUCCAACACCGGGUACCGACCCGGAGACAUGGCGCUGCUGGGCCUGGUCAUGGCCGCCCUGCUGGUGCUCUGCCUCAUUGUCAUCGGAUUUCUGCUUUCACGUUUACUGAAGGGAAAUGGAGGCGUCGACAAAAUCUGUGAGUGUCUGGGCCCCUGCUUCGCGACCCCCCCGGUCCGGUCCGGACACAGAGACUCGCUCCAGUACACCAACGACGGCUUCCAGAACGAGGCCGAUGCUGCCCGAGGCCGGCGAUGGAACGACGCGCUGCCCCGCCGCAGCUCUGCCCCCUCGGCCCGCGGCAGGGUCAUCCCCCUGGAGAGGCGGAGCCGCCACUGCUCCUCCUGCGGCGUCUACUCCAACCACGUCCCCAAAGGUAGCCCGGCGGUCCGCUUGGCGAGGGGGGGGCGGGGCGACAACGAUGACGACUACGGCGCCAGGUCCAUCCUGAGCAAACAGCGGCGGAGGGAGGGGCAAAAGACGGUGUGGUUCAAGGAGAGCGAAGACUCAUCUGACAUCGAGGUGGAGAUCAUCCCCGACACCGUGGGCCGGGUGGAGGAGGAGCCGGAGGAGGAGCCGGAGGAGGAGCCGGAGGGGGAGGGGGAGAUGGACGGUGUGGUCCGAGACCCGGCCGCCCCACUGAGGGAGGAGAACCAGAACAUGGAGGAACAGGACCAGGACCGGGACAACACCGGUCCAGAUACAGAGAAGGAAAACAAGAAGCAGGAGGGCUGACAGCAGCAGAACAGGGGUCAAGGGUCAAGGGUAAGGGGUGAGAGGUCAGGGGUAUGGGGUCAGGGGUCAAGGGUUAGGGGUCUGGGUUCAGGGGUCAGGGGUCAGACUCGGCUGGGGUGGAAAAACUGAACUGAUGCCACUUUUUGGAAACGAGUCGACCUCGAUGUCACGUUCAAGGACACAAAGGUUUUUCUGUUUCUACUGUGAGAUUCCACUGUGUAACUUUUUGCAGUGUACGAUUGUUUAAACAGAACUGAAAAGAAUUUUUUUACAGUGUAAAUUCCACAGUCCAGAUCAUGUCCUGAUGUUACACGUCUUUAUGUGAUAGUUUCACAAAACACAAAUAUAAAUGUUUUAUAUUCUGUCAAAGUAAAGCCGUCCAGGGUCCAAAUCACGAAGCGGGUCAUGAUAUGUUCAGGUUCAACCCGGGUUUUGAGCUUUAAUUCUACACCAACAUGGAUGCUUUUUUUCACCUGGAACAUAAUCUGGAAUAGACAUGAGUGACCCGCCCACUCAGGUCUGGGUCGGUGUCUAUCUGCCUCGACCACUGGGGGUUAGUGGAUGGAGUCCAGAACCACAUCAGGAACCACCAGAACCAGAAGCAGAGAUACCUGCAGAAUAGAACAGGAACAAACUACAAAAAACAGAAGACACAAAGUUAGACAGAGGAGAAGAGGGGCAUCAUGGGAGUCCACCUCAGCCUAGGACUAUGGGAUGGAUGCUCCAGAACCUCUUAUCUGAUUGGUCCUGUGUGAUAUGGGCGGGGCUUAAUUCAUUACCUAAAUCUGUGAUUCAUGAAAACUGUGAAAAAUCCUGAAUUUCAAUAUUAACUCCAAAA